CAGCGUUCACCAUCCUCACACAUGGCCCCACCGCAUCACACCGUUUACGACGGUGCAAACCAGAAUGGCACCGUGGUGGAGUUAGCGGCGCAAGAGAAGCUCCAGCGCCCGGACGUGCUGAACGCUGAUGACUUCCGUCGCCAGGGUAAGCAGGUAAUUGAGCUCAUCACCGAUUACUAUGGCGGCAUUAGCGACUACCCCGUGCACCCCAACGUCACCCCAGGCUUCUUGCGAAAGCUGCUCCCCACGGAGGCGCCAGCAUGUCCGGAGCCGGACGCGUUCACCUCGGCGCUGCAGGAUGUACGCGACAUCAUCCUGCCAGGAUUGACGCACUGGCAGAGUCCUCGCCACAUGGCACACUUCCCUGCAUCCAGCAGCACCGUGGGCGCCCUCGGGGAGGCGCUCGCUGCCGGCAUCAACGUCAACCCGUUUACGUGGGCCGCGUCGCCGGCCGGCACUGAGCUUGAGAUGGUGGUGGUGGACUGGCUCGGCAAAGCGUUGCACCUGCCGAACAGCCUCCUGUUCGCCGGAGGCGGCGGCGGCACGCUUCUGGCCACCACGGGCGAGGCUAUAUUAUGCGCCGUGGUGGCGGCGAGGGACCAGAAGCUUGAACAGAUCGGCGUGGGGAGGAUCGGCGACCUCGUCGUCUACUGCUCGGAUCAGACCCACUUCGCGUUGGUCAAGUCCGCACGCAUCGCCGGGAUCCGGCGUGACCACUGCCGCGAGAUACGCACCUGCCAUGCCAACAUGUUCGCGCUGUCGCCCAUGGACCUGCAUGCCGCCAUGAAGGCGGACGUGGAGGCCGGGCUGGUGCCGCUGUUCCUGUGCGCCACGGUCGGCACCACCAAGACAGCCGCCGUCGACCCAAUCGGUGAGCUGUGCGCCGUGGCGGCAGCGCACGACGUGUGGGUGCACGUGGACGCGGCCUACGCGGGCUCCGCGCUCGUCUGCCCGGAGUUCCGGCACGUGAUCGACGGCGCGGAGGCCGUGGACUCCUUCAGCAUGAACGCCCACAAGUGGCUCCUCGUCAGCAACGACUGCUGCGCGAUGUGGGUGAAGAAGCCGCGCACACUCAUCGCGGCGCUCGCGGUAGAGCAAGAGGUGAUUAUGAAAGACAGUGCCUCGGAGGGGCACGACGUGGUGGACUACAUGGACUGGAACAUCAACCUCACACGCCGCUUCCGCGCGCUCAAGCUCUGGCUUGUGCUCCGCUGCUAUGGCACCGAUGGCCUGCGCGACCACAUCCGUUCGCACGUCCGCAUUGCAGAGGCAUUUGAGAACAUGGUGGAAGCCGACGCAAGGUUCGAGGUGGUGACGGAGCGCAAGUUCUCGCUGGUAUGCUUCCGCCUUCGGUCGCCGGAGCCAGACCAGUCCGGCGGCGAGGAGACGGCCAACGCGCUCAACCGGCAACUCCUUGAGGAGGUGAAUGCAGUCACUUCAGGCCCCUACACGAGCUUCGCUAAUGUAGGUGGCAUCUACAUGCUCAGGUGGGCUAUCGGAAGCACGCUCACGGAAGAGGGGCACGUCGCUGAUGCGUGGAAGGUUGUUCAGGAACGAGCAUCAGCUAUCCUUUGCAAAAUGGAAAGUAUCAAUGCUUCACGUGCUUAA